GCUCACAGACUGCUCGCAGACUGCUCAUCGCUGCAGAACUGGUUGUAGAUAGUCUAACUUCCUAGUCAAAACGAAUUUGUAAAUUUUCUUUACAAAUCACAAUUAUAAUUUUGUAUAUGCUGUUUGGGCUAUCACCAAGCCUAAACAGCUGUCAUAAUGCCACCUAAAAAACCUGCGGCAGCUCCAAGCAAGAAAACUGAACAGAAAAAAAAGGAAAAAGUUAUAGAGGACAAAACCUUUGGUCUUAAAAAUAAAAAGGGAGCUAAACAACAAAAAUUCAUUCAACAAGUAGAAAAGCAAGUCAAGUCUGGAGGUGUUCAUCCUCGCAAAUUAGAUGAUCCCAAUGCCAAAAAGCUUGAAAAAGAAAAGAAAUUAAAAGAGCAGCAGGAAAUGGCUCUAAUAUUCAAACCUGUACAGACACAAAAAGUCGAAAAAGGAACUGAUCCAAAAUCUGUUGUUUGCGCUUUCUUCAAACAGGGACAAUGUAUCAAAGGAGACAAGUGCAAAUUUUCUCAUGACCUAAGUGUAGAGAGAAAGGCAGAGAAAAGAUCACUCUACUGUGAUAUGGAUAAGGAUGAAGAUAAAGAAACGGAUACAAUGGAUAAUUGGGAUGAAGAUAAGUUAAAGCAAGUUGUUGAAAAGAAACAUGGUUCAGGAGGAAACAGACCAACUACUGAUAUUAUUUGUAAAUAUUUUUUGGAAGCGGUUGAAAAGUCCAAGUAUGGAUGGUUUUGGGAGUGUCCGUCAGGACAAAAAUGCAUCUAUAGGCAUGCGUUACCACCAGGAUUUGUUUUGAAAAAAGAUAUUAAAAAAGAAGAUAAAAAAGAUGAAAUAUCUUUAGAAGAUCUAAUUGAAAAAGAGAGAGCUAAUCUAGGUCCCACCCAAACCAGGAUUACAUUGGAAACAUUUUUGGCUUGGAAAAAGAGGAAACUAAAGGAAAAACAAGAGCAAGCUCUCAAAGAUGAAGAAAAAAAAAGAAGCGACUAUAAAGCUGGUCGACAAGUUGGUAUUUCUGGAAGAGAAAUGUUUUACUUCAAUCCUGAACUUGCAGCUGGAGAUGGUCUUGGUGAUGACGGAGACGAAGCAGUCGCGACUUAUGAUCGCGAGGAAGAUGGAGAAGAAAGUAUACAGUACCGAGAAUUAGAUAUAGAUAAUAUUAUGCUUGAAGCUAGCCAAGUAGACACUACUGGGAUAUGUACUGUUGCAUUGAACCGUGAUAAAUCAAACAAUGCAGCAUCUUCAGACCCUCACGAAAAUGUUAACAAAAACAGUUCUGCCCCUUCAGUUGAUGACCAAGCAAUGGCUUUAACAAUUAAUGAAAACCUCUUCACAGAAGAAGAUUUGGAAGGCAUAGAAGAUGAAUUAGGGGACCUGGAUUUAGAGGAGUGAUCCAGGCAUCCCUUACAAGUAUUCUCCUCUAAUUUUCAACUGACCAACUUUCAUUAAUGAUUGGUCUCUUGUUAACAUAUUACUUCCAUGUAUAAAUACAGUGUGCAAUGUUUUUUACUAGCUUUCCCCACAUAACUGCACACAAUAUGCAUAAAUAAAUGUUCAGAAGUAAUAAAUAUAAAUAUUAAUUUUAUACAUUUAUUUGACAUUUUGUCUUAACUGAUCUUUCAACGAACUUUUGUAAUGAAUCAGUGAAACUAUUUAGA